UUGGCGAGAUCCCAGGACUUGCACCUAGGAGUUCGUGCGAACGCGGCUUCUCCUCUGUUUAGCGAGGCGCUGCAUUAGUGAAAUCCCCAGUAGUUCAAGACGGAAGGUUUUGUUUUGUCGUUAUUGCCUGUUUGUACCCGAGGCACUUCCAUCAGGUGCAGCUUCAGGGUGGCGACCAACUGUCACCGACACCCUCCAGACCGGUCGCAAAGCACCACGGCGAGGGAAACUUCCUGACAACCAAGCCCCGCGGCGCUUGCAUCUUGUUUUCGACCGUUCAGUCAGAGUCGGUGACGUGUGCAGCCUGCCUGUCUCCAAGUCAGGUCCACGUUUUGGUGGAUGCCAAGAAACCAUCAGUGUGAUUUCUGAAACAUGGAUGACAUGUUGGAGCGCUCCUAAAUCGAGACGCGGAGGAGUUGCAAACAAAGAUCCCGGGCGCUCCAAGAGAGCACCCGCAGUCGUUGGACCGAGGAAAAGCGGAACCUUGCAGAUGUAGAAGAGAUGGAGUUAAGUGACCAUGAAGUGCCAAUAUAUGGGCAGCAGUCGAUGUUAGCAGUGCUUGAAGAGACUUGUCUCUUACCUGAAAAUACAGAAUUGUACUUUAUUUAUGAGGGUUCACGCCAGAUGCAUGUCACUGUGGCACAGAGACUGGAUGCCAGGACACUGAAGUCAGUAAUUCCAGGUCAUGAUAUUUUGGAAGGUGUUACGGUUUCUGCCUGCAUGUAUACAGAGAGACAUUUGUUAUCUAUCCUCGGGUGCAGUCAGAUAACCUACAUUCAGGAUGUAGUGCAUGAACUAGCUCAGAUUCUGAUUGGAAGUGUUGACACAAUCACUUGCACUAGUCAUCUGACUCUACUUGAACAAUUUGGCCUAACGAUAGAGGCAGUGCAGUCAUUCGACGAGAAGAUGAUAGCAGCUGUUGAACACUUGGAAUUACCUCCAUCUUGGAAUCUCCUUGGAAAGUGGCCAGAACAAGAGCUAAUUCCCAGAGAAACCUUACUACAUGUUUCAGUGAGAUUACGUCUAUAUAAAUUCUCUCAGUUUCUGCUGUGCAAACCUGGUGGAAUCCAAGCUGUUAUGGUGCCAAAUGAGGAAGGGGUGACGCCUGUGGACUUGGCAUUGAAGAAUGGAAUGCAGCAUCUUGCUGAAUAUUUCAAAGAUCUUCAGAAUUCCCGCAUUGCUCCAUCAUCUGGAAUCUCGAAGACCUUUGGUGACAGUUAUGUUCUGCAGAAGUGUCUUAAUGGACCAAACACCUGUAUAUUGACCAUGGAAAACAACAGAAGGCAAUCCCUUGAGACAGAUAUUCUGCUUCUGCGUAGAUAUAUACAGGAGAAUACAAUGGUGGCUUGUCAGAGCAGUACUAAUGCAAAGAAAGUGAUGUUGGAUCUCCCUUCUAUGGAGGAGGUUGAUAAUGAAGUAGAAUUAGAUGAAGCAGGAUCUUGUUUUGAGAUGUUUACCUGUGAAGAUGGUCAGUCAUCAGGAAACUUAGACAAGAAGGCCUGUGUUGAGCAUGUUAGCAUGGUGGCAGACCAAACAGGUUCAUCUCUGGAUGAAGUGGAUCAAAGCUUACUGGAUGCAGAGUGCAAAAAUACUUCGCAAGAAUUCUUAAAAAAGUCAAAACCACAGCCAUCCACACUUCCAGCCAGGCUUUCUUCCAUGUUAAAUGGCAGAGCAGAAAUUUAUGCCAAUUGUAUGGUUGUUGAUCAGGUUGAUGAGAGUGGUAUAAACUAUAAUAUUGAUGACGUUACUACUGGAAGUACUAGUACUGAAAACACACAGAGUGGAAAACUGUCUGAAGAGGAUCUUGGUCAGGGUUAUAACACCUCUCCCUCUAAGAAGCCUGAUAUGCCUGCUUUAUUGGAGGCUAAUGUACAUAGGACAUUUUUGAGUGAAUGUCCUGAAGACCAAAUAGAUAAUACCACAAUUCUAAAAGAAGAUCAGGAUAAUUUAGUGGAACAAGUUUCCAAUUUGCCUUCACCAGAUAGUAUUUUCUGCCAGCCAUUAUUAUUGUCUCGGGACCAUGGCUGCACCAAAGCAGAAAGUCCUUCUACAAGCAUUAACAGUAAGCAAAGGUUCAACUUUGAUGGCAUUGAUGCAGACAGUGAAGGAGAGGAAAUUUCAGAUCGAUCUCAGGGUUCAUGUACUCCAAAGUCUCCAAACUCCGUUGCAUUAUUUGCUAGCAGUGGGGAUGAACUGGACUCUUUUGAGGCUAACCAGGAAACUGAGUUGAACAUAAAGGGACCCGAAUCCAUGCCUUCAACAAGCAGCUUAUUAUCCAAGGGGCCUGAAGAUACUGGAAUUCGACUGAGAUCAUACUCCCUUUCCUCACCUAAAGUGUCACAAAGCAAAUCUCGAAUCAUAAGGGAUUUUAGUUUGAGUGAUUCCACAAAUGAAGAUGGUGUUCUCAGCAGCGGACGAUCCCUUCUUCAGGCGCUCUCCCUGUCUAAAUCAGUCUCUCUGCUACACCAUAGUAAACAGCGAACCUUCAGCCUACCUGAGCACCCAAAAGAGAAAAGGGAACUUAGUUUUCGCAAGUGGGCACAGUCAGCUGAUGAGGAAGGCUGUUCGGAGCUAGCAGACUCGCUGCAGCAUCUGACAUUAUCGGAGUUUCUUAAAGAAAUUGAAGAGGAAGAGUGGGACAAAUAUAUUAUUCCUUCAAAAGCAGAGACUGAGAAAUAUAAAGUGAGCCGCACAUUCAGUUUCCUCAAGAACAGAAUGACAAGCACCAGAAAUAAGGGCAAGGGGAAACAUAAAGAUACCAAGGAAAAAGAGAAAUGGAACAAUGGCCAUCACUUUAUUGCAGGGGUUAUUUCAGGGACAGUGCAUUGCUUGGUUUGUGACAAGCUUGUUGGUGGAAAAGAUGUUCUGCAGUGCUUCAAUUGUUCUAUGAAUGUUCAUAAAAGUUGCAGAGAUUCUGUCCCUACAUGUACCAAAAUCAAGCAUCAACAGAAACCUCAUGACAAAUAUAACAUAGUUUCCAGAAGCAAACCGACCCAUUGUGUGCAUUCUAACUCGCUUAAGGAUCCUUCAUCAUUAUCACUGAACACCACAUCAUUCUCUUUACCUGUGGGAAUAUCUGCUCUGAAACGAGAGGCUUCACUACAACAUCAGCCACUGUCAAAAAGUGCUUCUAGUAUCAGUAUAGACAGGAGAAUUGGUGAGUCAAUGGAGUCAGAAAUGGAUGGCUAUGUUUCCAGGAACAGAUCACAGUCUGAGGAAUUAAUUCAAACAAUGGGGUCGUCUCCUUCAACAGAAUCACUUGCACUAGAUGAUAACGUGGUCUCUCCAAUGCACGGAGACCUUGAGUUUGAUGCACAGGAAUUUAAAGCUGAGUCCUGGAGCCUUGCUGUUGAUCACGCAUUUAGUAGCAAACAGCAGAAAGAACUGAUAAAGAGACAGGAUGUGAUAUAUGAGCUGAUGCAGACAGAGAUGCACCACAUUCAGACCCUGGAGAUAAUGUCAGAAAUUUAUAGGAAGGGCAUGAAGGAGGAGCUGCAAUUAGAUCACAACACCAUUGACAAAAUAUUUCCCUCUUUGGAUGAGUUGUUAGAAAUUCACAAACACUUUUUCUUCUGCUUGAAAGAGAGACGCCGAGAGUCUUUUGAGGAGGACAGUGAAAGGAAUUUUUUUAUUAAUAGGAUUGGUGAUAUCCUUUUACAACAGUUUACAGAUGAAAAUGCUAAUAAGUUGAAGCACACCUAUGGUGAAUUUUGCAGCCACCACAAUGAGGCAGUCAGUUUCUUUAAAGAACUGCAACAACAAAACAAGAAAUUUCAGAACUUUAUCAGGCAACAGAGCAACAACCUACAAGUCCGACGCCUUGGUGUCCCUGAAUGUAUACUACUGGUUACCCAACGGAUCACCAAAUAUCCAGUCCUGCUUGAACGAUUACUGCAAUACACAGAAGAGGGGACGGAGGAGAAUGAGGAUGUGACUAGAUCUCUUGCCAUGAUAAAGGACAUAAUCACAUCAGUAGAUACAAAGGUCAACAAAUAUGAGAAAGAGCAAAAGUUACUGGAUAUCUUAAGUAAGUUUGAAAACAAAACAUAUGCUAAGUUGAAGAAUGGCCGUGCAUUCAGGAAGCAAGACCUGAUCAGCCGAAACAGAGAGCUGCAGCAUGAGGGUUCAAUGUACUGGAAAACAGCCACAGGACGAUUGAAAGAUAUCACUGCUCUGCUCCUUACCGAUGUGCUGAUUUUCCUGCAGGACAAAGACCAAAAGUAUACUUUUGCAACUGUGGACCAGAAGCCUGCAGUUAUUUUACUGCAGAAAUUAAUUGUCCGUGAAGUUGCAAAUGAGGAACGAGGAAUGUUCUUGAUCAGUGCUUCGUCUGCUGGACCUGAAAUGUAUGAAAUACACACAAACUCAAAGGAGGAUAGGAAUAAUUGGAUGAGACUGAUCAGAAUGGCAGUAGAGAGUUGUCCGGAGGAGGAGGAAGAACGACUAAGUGAAUGUGAAGAGGACAAGCGUAUUGCUGAGGCAAGAGCAGCCAGGACCCGGAAAUUCCAAGAGCGGCUGGGUUUCCAAGAUCAGCUGAUUUGCACUUGUUUGGAGGAAAAGUUACAGAUCCAUGCGGACAUGAUUGAAAGAUGUGGCAGUGAAGAAGCAACUCAAGAGGCUCAUCUUUUGAUUAGACCAGAUACUGUUGAAAUUCCUCAGGCUGGAUUUUUAAUGAAUGCUGCAGUCAGGGAGGUUGAGAGUCUUCGAACUGCACUGACAUCUCAAUCAUGCAGCUUUGCUGGGCAACCAUUGGAAAAUUUGGGAGAACCAGUGGCAUCAAACAAGCUAGAAAUGUUUGGAAACUUCAUCCAUCAUUCACCACCAUCUGUAUCACCAGACACUAAGAACCCAGGUUCGAAUUUACCAGUUACAGAUUCUGCUGCAAUCCCGACAGGAAGUCCCUCGUGUGGCUUUGACCCUAUGAUUUUGCAAGCAGACAGUGAACUCUACUCACCCAGGUCAGACAGCUGUAUGCAAAAGAUUGUUCACAGUGUGCAGAACCUCACUCAACUUCUAUACAGUUUACAGGCUGCAGUGACCAUCCAGGACAGUUACAUUGAAGUGCAACGCCUGAUCUUGCAGGAGCGUGAGCGAUUAGCUCACACCCAUAGCCCCCGAGGAAAUAUACUUCUUGAGCAGGAGAAACAGCGCAACCUGGAGAAGCAAAGGGAGGAACUGGCAAAUGUGCGCAAACUUCAAAACCAGCUGCACCUCGAGCAGCAGCGCUGGGAGCAAGAGUGCGAACGUAGGCAGAGGGGACAGGCAGCACAAGAGAGCAGACUACAAGAACGUGAGCACGAAUGCCAAGAGCAGACAGAGCAGCUGUGGCGAGACCGAGAAGAGCUAGAGAGCCAGUGGAAAGAAUACCAACAAAAUCUGGAGAGGCUGAGGGAAGGCAUGAGAAUGUUGGAAAAAGAAAAAGAUAAGCUGGAAUUGCAGCAGAGCCACCUAAGUGCCUGGAAACACAUACGGCAGAGAAGUCUGCCAGUGAUGGUGUUACCACAGGAGACCCCUCAGGCCUCCACUCACUCUCGAACAGGAAGCUUGGGUGGCACACUAUCAGAUACAGCAUCCAUUUUUGUGAAUGAGGCUGCACUCCAGUAUUCUCUGAACAACCACCAGAGAGCAAACAGCGUUCGGACAUUUUCGGAGUCUCACAAGGUGGAGAGCUCCCUGGGGUCCAUUGUUAGGAUUAAUGAGAACUUGAAGCAUGAUGUUCCGGUUCAGCUUCUGAGUACAACCAACCAGCUCCUGAAACUUGCAAGCGUCCAGCAACAAAUCCCAACAAAAUUAGCAAGUUUCUCCAAAGGAAACAAAGAAAAAAACAAAGCUUCCUAUGAUCCAUCCAACUAUAUAAGAGAAAAGAUUUGCACGAAAGGAGAUGAUGCUGAAAAAGCCAGUAGUUCUUCAAGUCAUGUGUUAAUGGAACAUCAGAGUUUGAUUUUCCAUUCAGAUCUGAACACCAAACAAACAGCCUUGUCUGCCCAGCAGCCUGCUACAAGUAUUCUACAUCCAUGGGGUUUGCAGUCACAGCAGGAGGUGCAGCAGUUAGUGGAGGGGCCCUCAUUUGUCCCACAGGAAAGCAAAAAUGGACAAGAGGAUGAGGCAGAGGAGGAAAACAUAUUCUACUUCUGAAUCUGUAUCAACAUUAGCACUUUUAAGUCAAACUGGAACAAUAGGCCACCUUGACCUCUCGGUUGCAUUCAGUUAAAUGUUACAAGUACUGAAAUGUAGCAGUAAAUUCUUCACUAAGCCGUGUAGGUCCAGAAAUGCUUAUAAACCUUGAAGUUUCAUGAAAUUUAUUACACAUUUCAGUUUAGUGAUAAGAUUGUGAUAUGUGAAAUAAUAUAUCAUCUGUUAUGUCAUGCCAGCUGAAGCAGUUAUAAAUCAGAAAUGACCAUAUCUAACUUGCAUUCUUCUAAUUUCAAGGACAAGUUUUGCGAUUUUCUAAAGUUAAACACUACCUUGCUUACUCAGUUUAGAGUUAAUUUCCCAGGGGCACAGUGGCCUCCCUCUAUGCUGGUUCCGUUUUAUUUUAUCGAGUCUGUUGCCUGUGGUUAUUAAAGUUAUUUGGUAUGAUUUGUUGUACUUAGCCAUCACUAAAGUUGGCUUUCCAUUACAGUUUGAUCAUCCCCUUUGUGAAUGUUUCAUAAAUAUUUCUUCAGUCACUUCCCUUUUGAGGUGUUGAUUCAGUUAACCCAACCUUUUGUUCUAUCCUAUCACAUGCUUGGAAUGUAGCAAUAUUUUAUGGGGUGAGCCCAUUAUAAUCCACCAGUUAGUUUUCACCAAUGCAAGUAUCAUAGGCUAUUGAUAGCUUAAGGUGCUCUCUGUGAAAUAUAGUCAUUCAAUGCAUCCUGGAAUUUGCCAUUCCUCUGUGUAUCCACUGAUUUCCUGGGCAAUUUGAUCCAUCUAUUCACCAUCUUCCAUGUAUAGUAGUUAAAUCAAAAUUACUACUUUUUUUCUCUUAUGAGUCUGAAUUGGUGAUUAUUAUUGUCCAAUUUGUGCUCAGGUUAAAUAUACUAGGGUAUUAAUGAAAGAAUUUGCAUUUAUAAAGUCUCAUUUAUGACCUCAGGCUGUCCAAAUGCUUUAUUGUCAGUAAAGUAAUAGGUUUCAGUUUAUCCAUUGAUCUUUAAUUCUUGACGUUUUCUACAUAUGUCCUCCUCAUAGUUUAUAUAGUCCAAUGUUCUUUAUCUGUUCACUUUAAUGACCCACUGCCACAUUACCCUUUCCAUAGUAAUGUGAUCAGAAAUGUCUCUAACAGACCAAGUGAUAUUGCAGUACUCUUCAGCUUGUUCAUUACCACUUUCAUCCUUCUGGCUAAAACCCUAAGAACCUGCUUUUUAUUAAAAAUUCUUGCUACAGAUUAUCUUGUGGUUUCAGAAAAUAUACCGCAAAUGUCUCCAGAUUUCCUCCUUCUGCUGUGACUUGCAGAAAAUGCUGAUUAUUUUAUAUAUAUAUUCAUCUCCUCAGUAAGUCUCACCACUUUGUUUCUCUGCAUGUUAAGUUGAAUGUGCCACUUAUUGGUCCAAUUUCCCAAUCUAAAAUCUUGCUUUGCAUUUGGUCUGUUAGUUCGUUGUUAUUUCUCAUCUUGUUCUUUCCUAUUCUUAAUUCUCUUCUCCUUCACUCACACAUUAAGAUUUGAUAUGAUCAGCAUACUUCUAUAUACAUUUCUAAAUAAUUUUCAUGCAUGUUGCAAACAGUAAAUGGAGCAAGCACUGAUCUCUGAGCACCCUGCUAGCCACCUCCUUCCUGCUGAUGCAGCUCCAGGCACAGUGACCCUUUGUUUCUUCUGAUUCAACCAAUUUCUAGUUCACUUCAGAAACUUGGCUGCCAUUUAGAAGAAUGUGCCCUUGAGUUUAUUAACCUUUAAAACUGCCUACAGUUGUGUUUGCAAUUCUUUGUUGAACUAUUAUUGUUAGUAGUCUCUGGUCCUGCUUAUUCUCAUUUAUUUUAAAAUGUUAAGUUUUGUUGCAUUUUUUCCCCAAAAUCACCAAUUAUGUUCAUUACAAGUGUUUGGAACUUCAUUGGAUUGCACCUCCCCCACUCUGCCUUCAGGGUAGCCACACUAAUACUGAAGCUUUUGGGUCACAGUAUAAAGAAAUGUACUGAUGGCUGAGAACAGAAGUAAAGUAUGAAUCCAAAAUGAAAUUCAGUGAUAUUGAAGUAUCACCUAUAUUUGUAUUACAUAUGGACUGGCUGACCAACAUUACCAUGUAUUGUGAUUCUGCAUUUGUGUUUAAGUUGUUCAGCAUUUUGUUUCAAAAUCUAUUAAAUGGCAGUGGCUUAAUUGGACAACAGAGCAAAUUAAGUCAGUCAGUACUAAGAAAAUGUCCACUGCCCAUCUCUACCUCUAUCUUCUUAAAUUUCUUUCCUUACAACCUACCUCUUUGACCAAGGUUUACGUCAUUUUCUAAUGUCUUUUUAUAUGGAAUAGUUUUGUCAGAUAAUACUUCGGGAAACACCUUGGGGUAUUUUAACUAUGUUAAUAAUGGUAUGUAAAUGCAGUCUUUUAAUUAUGAAGAGGAGUUGGGCAAGAUUGAUGGAUACUUGAAGACCAUAUCAAUUAAAACCACUCAUUCAUUCACUGUUUGUUUAGCCUAUGAAAUGUAAAAAAAAUGCCCAUUUUUGUCAUAUUGGAUUUGCUAUUGCAUUUAAAUUAGACUAGUGUAAUGUAGAUAAAUUAUAAGAUAAGAUGGAAGAGCACAACAACAGCAAUUCACAAGAAAGUCUACUCACAAGAGCUCUUUACCCUAUUUCUAACUGUCCUUCAAACCCAGAAUAUUAUUAAAUUGCCCAUGACCUCUGAGUGAAUACUAAUUACUUAAGGGAUUUCAUACAAAAUGUCUUACACAAAAUGAUAUUUUUGAUGAAACUGGAUUAAAUGUGUCCUUAAAUGUUCCACUUACCUAUAAUCAUUACAAUCUAAAGCAAUACUACAUCAUAUUAAUACUUUUCUUUAAAGUCAUAUAAACUGGUUUAUAACCAUGAGGACACAUCUAUACUUAUGUAUUUAAAGUUCUAGUUGCUUUCAUAGAUGAGACCCUUGUACUGGACAAUCUGGAAGUGCACUUAGUUAUAUUAAGUAGCAUAAACAAAUACUAAUUCCAGAAACUGUUCACGUCACUAACCAGAUAAAAAGCUUGAAUUUCUAAACCAACCAAGUUUAAUCAGUUUGUAUAAAGACCAAAGAUCAAAGUAACAUCGGGUUCUAUCAUACGGUCUUUCAAAAAUAAAGGGCUAGGUAAAUAUCCCUAUACAUCAGUGGUCAGUGACUUUUGAGACAAACCAACAGAAUGAAUAUCAAUCAAAAUCAUUAUUGAAUGAAUUAUAAUAAUAAUUUUAUGAAGCAAAUAAUAAUUAGAAAAGUUUAGUUUAUUUUAGCCAGAGCAAAAUAAGCAGAAUACAGACCCCAAUCUCACUAUUGUGUUAUGUAUUUUUAGUCAAAAGGGAAUGUCAUUAUGAGAUUGUACCGCACUUGCCUUUCUGGAAUUGAUAGAACUGUGGGAGAAUAAAUGGAGAUUUUGACUGAUCCCCAGUUUAACAUUGCUGUAGAACAAAUGUAAACGAGACUUUAACUUUUUGAUAUACACAAUCGAGGACAGCACUUUUGGUAACAAGCCUGAAAUAUUAACAUCAACAUUUUAAAGGAAUUUUAACAAGAUUUGUAUCAAAAGAUUUAAUCAACUAAUUAUUUGUCACAUAGUCCUACUUAGUUAUUUUGACACAGAAGGAGAUCAUUCAGCCCAUUUUGUCCAUGCUAACUCCCAGCAGAGCAAUCCCAGCAGUCCCAUUCCCCCUCAUAUUUUUCAGUAAUCUUGCAACGUAACAUCCUCACAUUCCCAUUAAUUCCUUUUUUGAUUCUUUUGCCAUUUACCUACCGGCCAACUGACCUACUAGCAUGUCUGUGGAAGGUGGAAGGAAACUGAAGCACCCAAGGGAAACCCACAAAGUCACAGGAGAACAUACAAACUCCAUGCACUCAGCACCCAAGAUCGGGAUCAAGCCUGGAUCACUGGAGCUGUGAAGCAUGUGUCCUGUACGAAUCAACUUGUAAACAUGUUACGUUGCACCUAAUGUAAUGUUAGUGCAUAAAGUUCAAGAAAAGAGAGAAAAAUAGCAUUAGCACAAUGUUAACUUUGUGAAGCAAUGUAUAAAUAAACUUUUUUUAAAUUUGGGGAUGGGGGUUCAGAACUCAGAAUGUGUCAUUAACUUUCAAGCAAUGCUUUGAUAUGUUUACCCCAAUUCACUUUUUAAGGGGAUAGAUAGUUCACUAAUGCCAUCAACAACAAACCCACAGCUCAUCAAUUCAAAUUGAUGAGUGAAGGAUAAUUUACUCAACAACCAUGAAAAUAUCCUAAAGGACUUUAAGCACUAUAGUGUCACAGAAUGGACCAUAAAUAUUUAGGCAGUUAUUUCUUGCUGAUGAUGCAAAAGUAUGUUAUAACUGGAAAUUUAAUUAUACUCAAACUCCAAAGCCAAGACUCAUCUAGAACAUUAUUUGAAGUGACAAAUCAUCACACUUGUUUGACAUUAGAUUGUACAUGUCAAGUGUGUGCUGUUAAUGAUUUAAAGUACGUUUUAAAGAUCUACACACAUUUAACCAAACAAAGGCUAUUUAUACUGCUGUAUACCUAGAACUGUAAAUACUGAACUGGAUACAUAUUCAUUAGCUUCCAUUUCUUGCACUUUUAAUGUUUAGAAUUGCUGUUUUAUUAAAGAAAGAAAUUUGCAGAGCAUAUAUUUUAAGAAAAAUAAUCUGAAGUGAAAAUGUGCAUCAAGUCAUAAGCUUCUCGCGAAAAGGAUUAUGACAAGUGUAAUUAUUACUUCUGUAAAAAGAAUAAUGAUGAAUUUUAUAGAAUGGCCCAAAUGAACCUUGGUA